UUAUAAAAUUUUGUAAAUAAGUAAUUUUUAUCCUUCACUGAUGUGCGCUAAUGAGGCUGCAGUGAUGGACGCUGAUAGGCUGCAGUUAUGGGCAUUGAUAGGCGGCACUGGCGAGGAGGCACUGAUGGGCAUUAACAGGCAUCACUGGUGGGCAUUGACAGGCAUCACUGAUGGGCACUGAAAGGUCGCAGUCAUAUAUGAAACUGAUAGGUGGCACUGAUGGACACUGAUAGGCAGCACUGAUGAACACUGAUAGGCGUCACUGACUGGCACUGAUAGGCAGCACUGAAAGGCAGCUCU